AUGCCUCGCUCAGAGCAGCUGCAAGCAGCGGACUUAGCCGCUGUCUUUGCUGAUGGGGUGGACAUCGACAGCGAAAUUGGUGACACAAUUGUGUUUGCCCCUCGUCUAGUGCAGCUACAAACAGCGGGCUCAGCUAGGCCAGCGGACUCAGCUACUGCCUUAGCUAAGGGGGUGGACAUUGAAGCAGAAUAUGAACUUCCAAAUGAGAAUCAGUUUCCGACCCCUAUAGCUACACCUGACCCAACGUUAGGGAUGACGAUUCACGAAACCCAGACAGACAGCCAGGAUAACCCUAUUCAUGUACAGAGAGAGAUUGGAUUAGAUGUCGAUGAAGGCAAUAUCCUCACUGGCAGACGUAUCAGGAAGACCCCUAUUCUGGAGAGAGCAUCGUACUUCCUAAGGGGGUGGAGCCGCCUGGUAUCAGACCAGAAUCAGGAAAAGACCCAGGACCAGGUCUCAGAAUAG